CUCUUCGAUACCUCAAUACUCAUCUAAUUGCCUUUUUAUCAAUGUAUCAUCAUUAUCAUUAUCAUCAUCACAUAGUUCUCUUAUAGCUUGCCCUUUGGUUUGGUUCACCAGUUUUCUCUUUAUUACUCGAUUCCCGUUUGUCACCAAAUCAAAUCCCAAUUCGUUUCCCGAUAAUUUAAAUACAGAAUCCCUGAGAAUAAUUAUUCAACACGACUAUUGGGACGAUCCCAGAAUUGUGAACUUGUUUGGUUCGGCUUUGGCGCCUAUUUGGGUGUCCAAGUUUUUGGUGGAACUCAGGGGAGACCCCAAGUUGGCUUUGAAAUUGUUCAGAUGGUCGAAAACCCGAAUUGGGUUUUGCCACACUACUGAAUCUUAUUGUAUUUUGGUUCACAUACUCUUUUAUGCUAGAAUGUAUUUUGAUGCCCAUGAGAUUCUUAAAGAGCUGGUGUUGUUGAGGCGGGUGUUGCCGGGUUGUGAUGUAUUUGAUGUGUUGUGGUCAACAAGGAAUGUUUGUCGUCUGGGAUUUGGAGUGUUUGAUGCGUUGUUUAGUGUUUUGGUUGAGUUUGGAAUGCUUGAGAAAGCAAGUGAGUGUUUUUUGAGGAUGAAGAAGUUUAGAGUUUUGCCAAAAGUGCGGUCUUGUAAUGCCCUUUUGCAAAGGCUUUCAAAGCCAGGGAAGGGGAAUUUUUCAAGGAAGUUUUUUAAGGAUAUGCUUGGGGCUGGGAUUACUCCUUCGGUUUUCACUUACAAUAUAAUGAUUGGUUAUAUGUGCAAAGAAGGCGAUUUGGAUACUGCUAGUUGCUUGUUUGCACAAAUGAAAAGAAUGGGCCUUACACCUGAUAUUGUGACAUAUAAUUCUCUUAUUGAUGGAUAUGGAAAGGUUGGAACAUUAGAUAAUUCGUUUUGCAUAUUUGAAGAAAUGAAGGAUGCAGGUUGUGAGCCUGACGUAAUAACCUUCAAUUCUUUGAUUAAUUGUUGUUGUAAAUUUGAUAAAAUGCCCGAGGCCUUGAAUUUUCUCCGUGAGAUGAAUAAUAAAGGGUUGAAGCCAAAUGUCAUAACUUAUAGCACAUUAAUUGAUGCCUUCUGUAAAGAAGGGAUGAUGCAAGAGGCUGUUAAGAUUUUUAUGGACAUGAAACGAGUUGGCCUUUCACCUAAUGAGUUCACCUAUACUUCUUUGAUUGAUGCAAAUUGCAAGGCUGGCAAUUUGAGCGAAGCACUGAAGCUGAAAAAGGAGAUGUUUCAGGAAGGGAUUAGCUCGAACAUUGUAACGUAUACAGCUCUACUGGAUGGGCUAUGUCAAGAUGGGAGGAUGGAGGAUGCAGAAGAAGUCUUCAGGGAAGUACUGGAAACUGGAAUAAGUCCUAACCAGCAAAUAUUUACUGCCCUUGUUCAUGGGUAUAUUAAGGCUAAGAGGAUGGAGAAUGCUAUGGAAAUAUGGAAAGAAAUUAAGGGGAAAGGCUUUAAACCCGAUUUGUUACUUUAUGGAACCAUCAUUUGGGGCCUUUGCUCCCAAAAUAAGCUUGAAGAGUCUGAGCUUGUAUUCAGUGAAAUGAAGGGUUGUGGAUCAACUCCAAAUCAUUUCAUUUACACAACACUUAUGGAUGCUUAUUUCAAGGCUGGAAAAACCAAGGAGGCACUUAAUCUAUUGCAAGAAAUGCUGGAAAAUGGUAUUGAGUUCACUGUUGUAACAUAUUGUGCAUUAAUUGAUGGUUUGUGCAAAAAGGGAUUGCUCCAAGAGGCAAUUAAUUACUUUAGGAGGAUGCCUGACAUUGGUUUGGAACCCAAUGUUGCAGUCUUUACAGCCUUAAUUGAUGGUCACUGUAAAAAUAAUUGCAUUGAAGCAGCUAAGGAGCUGUUUAAUGAAAUGCUAGACAAGGGUAUGAUUCCAGAUAAAGCUGCUUACACCACUCUAAUUGAUGGAAAUUUGAAGCAUGGAAAUCUUCAAGAAGCUUUGAGCGUGGAAAAGAGAAUGAGAGAAAUGGGUAUGGAACUUGAUCUGUAUGCGUAUACUUCCUUGAUUUGGGGGCUUUCUCACUUUGGUCAGGUACAGCAAGCAAAAAUAUUGCUUGAUGAGAUGAUUGGGAAGGGUAUCCUUCCAGAUGAGAUUCUUUGUAUUCGUCUGCUAAGAAAGUACUAUGAGCUAGGGUAUUUGGAUGAAGCCUUUGAGUUGCAGACUGAAAUGGUAAACAGGGGUUUAAUAACUGGAACUUGUGAUUAUGCGGUUCCUAAUGCAAGAACUUGAGAGGGGGGUAAUUGCUUAUCCAUCCUAGGUUGGUUGGCAUGUCUUGAAUAUCUCAGUUGGAAACAUAGAAUGGCUUUACUUCUACUAAUUGGAAGCAUAUGAACCCAGUGACCAUUUGAACUGAGUUCUGGAUGGACGGGAUGAUUUGUUGCAAAAUGCGUGUUCGAUUCCUCUUGAUGAAAUAUGACAACUACCUGUUGAGGCAUAUUAAAGAUUCUCUGUGGUCUAAUGAGGGAAAAUCUCCUACUUACAGCACUUUUAAUGGCUGAAAUUCCUGGAUUGGAAGGUAUUGUCUGGUUAGCCAGCUUCGCUAGAAAAAAAGAUGCAUAACAAGGAAAGGAUUGACCAGACUCAGUUGAACUGGAUGAUGCUUUUGGCGAGCUAUGCUAGCAAGGGACGAGAGGCAGCGGUGAUGACAGCAAUGGUGGUGGCAACAACAAUGGCGGUGCUGCAUGGCCUCAAAGAUGAUCAGCUCUCACGUCGUGGUUGUGGCCGGCUGUGUCAACUAUGAUGGUUGCAUGAGACGUGUGAUGGUGGAGACAACAAUGACACCUGUGGUGUUAGCUACUUGAGGAUGAAUUGUAUUACGAUGAUUGUAUCCCCUCCCUAGUGGAUUUCUACAUCCUCAUCUAAUUUCUUAGACAUAAAUGUAUCAAAUCAGGGCCCAGGCAGAUUAAUGUGGCCUUUACUUUUAUCAUUUUAACCUUCCAGAUUAAUGUCUCCUCUUUGAAUA